ACUCUUGUCCACUCUCUCCGUCCGUCUCUCUCUUCUUUCCGUUCUAUUUCUCCUUUGCGAGAAUCCUCAACCGAAUUGCGAUCGCGGCACCAAAAACCCUAGUUACCGAUCGUCAAUUCGCAUAUUCUCUUCUUCAUUCCCCCUUUCCACCUCCCGAAUUCCUUGCUCUGAUUGGUUUUGUGCCUCGUUAUCGGCGGACUCGCUGCUCAUUGGGGAUCCGAUCAUCGUGAAUACUGAUUGUUGGAAACAUAUAUUUCGUCAAUCCCUCAAUCGCUUCUUGUUUCUGGAGAAUUGAUUGAUUCCCGGUUGCAGUUUUCUCUUGCGGUUUCUCGGGGGGCACGUGUGCAAUGCUCUUUGAUUCACCGAGAUGAAGCUCAAGCGGCGGAGGUCUUUGGAAGUGCCUCCAAAAAUUAAAUCCUUCAUCAAUAAUGUGACUGCUACUGCUCUGGAGAAUAUAGAAGAGCCUCUUAAGGGCUUUGCUUGGGAGUUUGAUAAGGGCGAUUUUCAUCAUUGGGUUGACCUUUUUAACCAUUUCGAUUCAUUCUUCGAUAAGCACAUAAAACCAAGGAAAGAGUUGCAGCUUGAUGACAGCUUUCUGGAAUCUGAUAGCUAUUUCCCGCGAGAAGCCGUUCUUCAGAUCCUCCGCGUUAUCAGAAUAAUCUUAGAGAAUUGCACAAAUAAGCACUUUUAUAGUUCAUAUGAGCAGCAUCUUUCUGCCCUUCUUGCUUCAACAGAUGCAGAUGUGGUUGAGGCUUGUCUGCAGACUCUGGCUGCUUUCCUUAAGAAAACCAUUGGAAAGUACUCCAUUCGAGAUGCUUCCUUGAGUUCUAAGCUAUUCACUCUGGCACAGGGCUGGGGUGGAAAGGAGGAGGGUCUAGGUCUGAUUGCAUGUACUGUUGACAAUGGGUGUGAUCCUGUAGCAUAUGAGUUAGGCUGCACCCUCCAUUUUGAGUUCUAUGGACUGAGGGAGUCACCAAGUGAGUCUCAGCAGACAGAAGAAUCAACAGAAGGGUUACAAAUCAUUCAUUUACCUAACAUCAACACUCUCCCAGAUACAGAUUUAGAACUUUUGAACAAGUUAGUUGCAGAGUAUAAAGUGCCUCACCGUUUGAGAUUUUCUCUAUUGACGCGGUUACGGUUUGCGAGGGCUUUUGGAUCUUUGACUUCUCGACAGCAAUACUCAUGCAUUCGUCUAUAUGCCUUCAUAGUUCUUGUUCAAGCAAGUAGUGAUGCUGCUGAUCUAGUUUCUUUUUUCAACUCCGAGCCAGAGUUUGUAAAUGAACUAGUUUCCUUGUUGAGCUAUGAAGAUGCAGUUCCUGAGAAAAUUCGGAUUCUUUCUCUUCUCGCUUUAGUUGCCCUUUCUCAGGAUCGCUCCCGGCAGCCUAGUGUCCUGGCUGCUGUCACAUCUGGUGGUCACCGUGGCAUUCUAUCCAGCCUCAUGCAGAAAGCUAUUGAUUCUGUUAUGAAUCGAACAUCAAAAUGGUCUGUUGUUUUUGCUGAGGCUUUAUUAUCUCUGGUCACUGUUUUGGUCUCAUCAUCCUCUGGGUGCUCAGCCAUGCGUGAGGCAGGUUUCAUCCCUACCCUUCUACCUCUCCUCAAGGACACAGAUCCUCAGCAUUUGCAUUUAGUUGGGACAGCUGUGCAUAUUUUAGAAGCUUUCAUGGAUUACAGUAAUCCAGCUGCUGCAUUGUUCAGAGAGUUGGGUGGUUUAGAUGAUACCAUUUCUCGGCUGAAGGUAGAAGUCUCUUAUAUAGAAAAUGGUCAGGGGCAACAUGGUGAAAAUUCUGAUUCCAGGGGAAAUAGUUUGCCAAUUGACGCUGGUGGUGCUUCAUCUGAUCUGGAGAGUAUGCAUCCCCUAUACUCUGAGGCAUUGGUUUCUUAUCACCGGCGUUUGCUUAUGAAAGUACUGUUACGUGCUAUAUCACUGGGAACAUACGCUCCAGGAAAUACUUCUCGUAUUUAUGGAUCUGAAGAGAGUUUGCUGCCACAAUGCUUGAGCAUCAUAUUUAGGAGAGCUAAGGACUUUGGCGGUGGGGUGUUUUCACUUGCAGCAACGGUUAUGAGUGAUCUUAUUCAUAAGGAUCCUACCUGUUUCUCUGUCUUGGAUGCAGCUGGUCUUCCUUCUGCAUUUCUGGAUGCUAUCAUGGAUGGUGUUUUAUGCUCUGCUGAAGCCAUAAUAUGCAUACCUCAAUGCUUGGAUGCAUUGUGCCUGAACAAUAAUGGGCUUCAGGCAGUUAAAGACUGCAAUGCUUUGAGGUGCUUUGUCAAGAUUUUUACGUCCAGUACUUAUCUGCGUGCCCUUACUGGGGAGACUCCUGUGUCCUUGUCUAGUGGAUUAGACGAACUCAUGCGCCAUGCUUCUUCUUUGCGCGAACCUGGAGUGGACAUGUUAAUUGAGAUUUUGAGUUGCAUUGCACGAAUCGGUUCUGGGGUGGAUGGUUCUUCCUCAGCUGGCUCUUUUUUAGAUGCUUCUUUGUCAACAGCUGAUGUGCCGAGCUGCUCUGUUGUUGUUCCCAUGGAAACUGACUCCGAGGAGGCGAGUCCCGUUCUGGAUGAUGGCAAAGAAGCUACAAAUUCAGAGCAGCAGUCUGCUGAUCUUUCUUCUGAUGCUUCGGUAGUGAAUAUAGAGUCAUUCCUUCCUGAUUGUGUCGGGAAUGCAGCUCGUCUUCUUGAAACGAUUCUUCAAAAUGCUGAUACAUGUCGUAUUUUUGUAGAGAAGAAGGGGGUAGAUGCAGUCCUUAGUUUAUUUACCUUACCUUUGAUGCCUGUCUCUUCAUCUCUCGGUCAGAUUAUCUCCAUUGCUUUCAAGAACUUUUCACCUCAACAUUCUGCAUCUUUGGCCAGGGCAGUAUGCUCAUUUUUGAGAGAACAUGUGAAGUCAACUAAUGAACUCUUAGAUUCAGUUAGAGGAACUGAGCUUUCUGUAGUUGAUUCCGGGAAACAAACUAAGAUUUUGAAGCACUUCUCAAGCCUUGAGGGUAUAUUGUCUCUGUCAAAUUUUCUGUUGAAAGGUACUGCUAGUGUGGUCUCUGAACUGGGUACUGCAGAUGCUGAAGUCCUGAAGGAUCUUGGGAGGACAUACUGGGAAGUUAUUUGGCAAAUUUCUGUGCACAAUGAUUCCAAAGUGGAAGAGAAGAGGAUUGUAGAGCCUGAAUUGGACAGUGGAGAUGUGUCGUCAUCUAAUGUUGUUGGAAGAGAGAGUGAUGAUGAUGCUAACCCAGCUGUCAGAUAUAUGAACCCAGUUUCAAUCAGGAGCAGUUCUCAGCCCCAUUGGGGUGGAGAACGUGAGUUUCUAUCAGUUCUUCGUUCUGGUGAAGGCUUACAUCGUCGUAGUAGACAUGGUUUGACACGAAUACGGGGUGGGAGGAGUGGCCGCCACUUGGAUGCUUUAAAUUUGGACUCUGAGGUUUUGGCCAAUGUAACUGAGUCAUCUUCCCAGGAUGUUAAGAAGAAGAGCCCUGAUGUUCUUGUUGCAGAAAUUCUGAACAAGCUGGCUUCCACACUGCGCUCUUUCUUUACAGCCCUUGUCAAGGGAUUCACUUCCCCAAACCGUCGGAGAUCUGAUGUGGGUUCAUUAAGUGCAGCUUCUAAGACUCUUGGUUCUUCAUUGGCCACAAUGUUUCUCGAAGCUCUCAAUUUUUCAGGUUAUUCUACUGCUGUAUCAGUGAAGUGCAGAUAUCUUGGAAAGAUUGUGGAUGACAUGGCGGCACUCACAUGUGACACCAGGCGACGUACUUGUUAUACUAUCAUGAUAAAUAAUUUUUAUGUCCAUGGAACAUUUAAGGAGUUGCUCACGACAUUUGCGGCCACCAGUGAAUUGUUGUGGACAUCACCAUACCCUUACUCAACUUCAGGUCCUGAUGAAGAGAAGGUUACAGAGGGUAAUAAAUUGUCUCAAUGUGGGUGGCUCCUAGACACAUUGCAAAACUAUUGUCGGGUGCUGGAGUAUUUUGUAAACUCCACUUUGCUUUUAUCCUCAAGCUCUUCAUCCCAGGCUCAGUUACUUGUUCAACCAGGUGCAGUUGGCUUAUCUAUUGGGCUGUUUCCUGUUCCUAGGGACCCUGAAGCUUUUGUUCGGAUGCUGCAAUCCCAGGUUCUCGAUGUAAUACUUCCUGUUUGGAACCACCCCAUGUUUCCAAACUGUAGCCCUACGUUCUCUGCUUCCAUCAUUUCACUGAUAACACAUAUAUACUCUGGUGUUGGUGACAUUAAAAGGAGUCACAGUGGAGUUGCCGGAAGUGCGAAUCGUAGGUUCAUACCUCCACCUCCUGAUGAAGCUACUAUAACAACAAUUGUUGAGAUGGGAUUCUCAAGGGCAAGAGCCGAGGAAGCGUUGAGACGAGUGGAAGCAAAUAGUGUUGAAAUGGCUAUGGAGUGGUUGUUUAGUCAUGCUGAUGAUCCGGUGCAGGAGGAGGAUGAACUGGCUCGUGCACUUGCUUUAUCACUUGGGAGUUCAUCAGAGGGAUUGAAAAAUGAAAAUGUUGAGAAGUCUGUCGAUGCGCCGACAGAAGAAGGGUUAAUAAAGACGCCUCCUGUCGAUGAUAUCCUUGCUGCAUCUGUUAAGUUGUUCCAGAGUAAUGAUGCAAUGGUAUUCUCAGUUACAGAUUUGCUAGUGACUCUCUGCAAUAGGAACAAAGGAGAAGACCGCCCCAAGGUGGCAUCUUAUCUUUGUGAGCAGUUGAAGCUUUGUCCUUCGGAUUUUUCAAAAGAUUCCAGUGCAUUGCGUAUGAUAUCACAUAUCUUAGCAUUGCUCCUUCAUGAGGAUGGAACUAUCAGAAAAAUCUCAGCACAGAAUGGUAUUGUAUCUACCAUCAUUAAUAUCUUGACAGAUUUCAAGUCUAAAAGUUUGAGAGGGUGUGAAAUUCUUGCCCCAAAAAGCAUUGGUGCAUUGCUGCUUAUCUUGGAUUGCAUGCUGCAAUUAAAGCCUAGAAUCCCUUCUGGAACUAUUGAAGGUACCCUGACAGGACCUACGCCAGACAGCCCACUUUCUGAUAAAAAAAUGGAUUCAGAAGAUGCCUCUGAAAAAGAAUCCGCCACUGUAUUUGAGAAAAUAUUGGGAAAAUCUACUGGUUACCUAACCAUUGAAGAGAGUCAAAAAGUUCUGCUAAUUGCUUGUGACCUGAUGAAGCAGCAUGUUCCAGCUGUCAUCAUGCAGGCUGUACUGCAGUUAUGUGCACGCUUGACAAAAACUCAUGCUCUGUCACUGCAAUUUCUCGAAAAUGGAGGUUUAGCUGCUAUUUUCAGUCUGCCAAGAAGUUGUUUCUUUCCUGGAUAUGACACUGUUGCAUCUGCAAUCGUCCGUCAUCUUCUCGAAGAUCCUCAGACUUUACAAACAGCCAUGGAGUUGGAAAUCAGACAAGCUUUGAGUGGGAGCAGGCAUGCUGGUCGAAUUUCACCACGGACAUUUUUGACAUCAAUGGCUCCUGUUAUUUCUAGAGAUCCCGUGGUUUUCAUGAAAGCCGCAGCUGCAGUUUGUCAGGUGGAGUCUUCUGGCGGGCGGACCUUACUGGUUUUGUCAAAGGAAAAAGACAGGGAAAAAGAGAAAUCGAAAGCAUCAGGUGCUGAAGAACCUAUGCGGAUAUCUGAACCUAAGAUUCAUGAAAGUUCAAUUAAAUGUGUCAAGGGCCACAAAAAGAUUCCUUCCAAUCUAACUCAAGUUAUUGAUCAGCUUCUUGACAUAGUCUUGAAGUACCCUUUACCGAAAAACCAUUUUGAAGUUGGGAGUGAAUCAAUUUCAAUGGAAGUUGAUGAACCCACCAGCAAGGUGAAGGGAAAGACCAAGGUUGAAGAGACACGGAAGGUGGAAUCGGAAUCUGAAAGAUCUGCUGCACUGGCAAAGGUGACAUUUGUCCUCAAAUUGUUGAGUGAUAUUCUUCUUAUGUACUUGCAUGCAGUUGGGGUCAUUCUGAGAAGGGAUUCUGAAUUUUGUCAACUUCGGUCAUCCAACCAGCCGGAUAACCCUGACCAUGGUGGAAUAAUCCACCAUGUCUUGCAUCGGUUGCUUCCAGUGUCUACUGAUAAAUCGGCAGGACCCGAUGAGUGGAGAGGCAAGUUGUCAGAAAAAGCUUCAUGGUUCCUGGUAGUUCUUUGUGGCCGAUCUAGUGAGGGGCGACGGAGAGUGAUUAAUGAGCUUGUGAAAGCUAUGUCUUCCUUCUCAAACUUGGAAAGCAAUUCAAACAGAAGCCUUUUAUUACCUGACGAAGUAAUUUUUGCAUUUGCGGAUUUGGUUUAUUCUGUUUUGUCCAAGAACGCUUCCUCAAGCACCUUACCUGGGUAUGGAUGCUCUCCGGAUAUAGCAAAAAGCAUGAUAGAUGGUGGUAUUGUGCACUGUCUUACUGGCAUUCUUCAAGUGAUUGACCUUGAUCAUCCUGAUGCUCCAAAGGUUGUAAAUCUUCUACUUAAAUCUUUGGAAAGUCUAACAAGAGCUGCUAAUUCCAAUGAUCAAAUUCUUAAAGCUGAGGGUCUGAACAAGAAGAAAACUCUAAUUUCAAACGAAAGGCUGGAUGUUGAGACAACUAGGCCAGCUGCUGAGAUCGAAGGGUGUAAUCAGAAUACCAGCAAUGCCCAGGAUGUUCAAGGUGAGGAAGGGGCCGAAGAACAGCAACAGAACAAUCAAGGAACUUUAGAAAUCGAGGGUAAUGGUGAUGCACAUGUUGAUCAGUCUGGAGAGCAAGACAUGAGAAUCGAAGUGGAAGAGGAAACCAAUCGUUCUCUGGAGAUGGGGAUGGAUUUUAUGAAUGGCGCAAUGGAAGGAGAGGGAGUUUUGCGCAAUGGAGAUCAAAUAGAAAUGACUUUUCGUGUUGAGAAUAGGGCAAAUGAUGAUAUUGGCGAUGAGGACGAUGACAUGGCUGAUGAAGGUGAGGAUGAUCAAGAUGAUGAUGAUGGGGAGGAUGAGGAUGAAGACAUCGCUGAAGAUGGUGGUGGAAUGAUGUCUUUGGCUGACACAGAUGUGGAAGACCAUGAUGAGACUGGCUUAGGUGAUGAUUACAAUGAUGAAAUGAUUGAUGAAGAGGAUGAUGAUUUUCAUGAGAACCGUGUCAUAGAGGUGAGGUGGAGGGAAGCCCUUGAUGGCUUAGAUCGUCUGCAGGUGCUUGGUCAACCUGGUGGUGGUGGAAGUGGCCUGAUUGAUGUUGCAGCUGAACCUUUUGAUGGAGUGAAUGUGGAUGAUCUUUUUGGCCUCCGUAGGCCUUUAGGCUUCGAACGACGGCGACAGAGUGGUAGGUCUUUUGAACGAUCAGUCUCAGAAGUCAAUGGAUUUCAGCAUCCUUUGCUCUUGAGACCAUCCCAGUCUGGAGAUCUUGUGUCUAUUUGGUCAUCAGGGGGGCAUUUGUCCAGAGAUUUAGAAGCUCUCUCAGCUGGUGGUUUUGAUGUCACUCACUUUUAUAUGUUUGAUGCACCAGUACUUCCAUAUGAUCAUGUACCUAGCAAUCUCUAUGGUGAUCGGCUGAGCAGUGCAGCCCCUCCACCUUUGACUGAUUAUUCUGUUGGAAUGGACUCUUCACACCUACAAGGCCGAAGAGGGCCAGGUGAUGGACGUUGGACUGAUGAUGGUCAGCCACAAGCAGGUGCCCAAGCUGCUGUAAUUGCACAAGCAGUGGAGGAACACUUCCUGUCCCAGUUGCACAGCGUUGCUCCAGCAGGUAGCUCUGCCGAAAGGGAGUCUCAGAAUCUUGAGAUGCAGGAGAAUCAGCCCUCUACAGACCCUCAGUCUAAUGAUGGCCAAGCAGUGAUGGAAGGUAACAAUCCCAGGGGUCCGCAAUCUGAACAUCAUCAACAAGAAACUUUAAAUGGAGCGACUGAUCAUCAGUCUGAUCAAGAAACAGUUGAAAGCAUUCAUGGCCAAGAGCAAGUCACUCAGCAUGCUUCUGUUGAAGAUGCAGAUGAGCCUCAACUGGUGCAGGAAGGUAUGUCGGAUCAAGCAUUUUCUCUGAGUAGUACACCUAAUCAAGAUGAGCAAAUGGAGACAGGUGAAGGUGAUAACAUUACAGGUAAUCAAGUAGGUGCAGCACCAGAGCUUGUCAACUCAUCAGCACAACAUUGUCCUUCUCUGCAACAUGAAGGUGGUCAAAACUCACCAUCUCAUCUUGAGAUUCCUGCUCCUGUUCCAAAUGUGGAUCAUGAUGGUGUGUCAAGGGCAGAUGGCCAGUCUCAUGAUCAGGUUCCUUUGGGUCCUGUUUCUGGGAGACUAGACGUAGAUAAUACUGGGGCUGAUGUUGAUAUGAAUGGUGUUGAUGCUGGUGGAAAUCUAUCUGAGCAAUCUCUCCCUGUCCCAGAACAACCAACAUCAGCUGCUCCAGAUGCUAAUCAAACUGAUCAGAAUAGCGUAAAUAUUGAGGCUUCUGGUGCAAGUGCUAUUGAUCCGACCUUCUUGGAGGCACUACCAGAAGAUUUGCGGGCAGAAGUUCUUGCUUCCCAGCAAGCUCAAUCUGUGCCUCCUCCAGCUUAUGCUCCACCUUCAGUUGAUGAUAUUGAUCCCGAGUUCUUGGCUGCUCUUCCUCCAGAUAUUCAGGCGGAAGUUCUAGCACAACAAAGAGCACAGAGGAUUGCACAACAAGCUGAAGGGCAGCCGGUGGACAUGGAUAACGCUUCAAUAAUUGCUACAUUUCCCGCUGAUUUACGUGAAGAGGUACUUUUGACCUCUUCAGAAGCAGUAUUAUCGGCACUGCCUUCUCCAUUGCUUGCUGAAGCCCAAAUGCUAAGAGACAGGGCAAUGAGUCACUAUCAGGCCCGGAGUCUGUUUGGUAGCAGCCAUAGGCUUAGUGGUCGAAGAAAUGGCUUAGGAUUCGACAGGCAGACUGUGAUGGAUAGAGGUGUUGGAGUUUCUAUAGGCCGGAGAGCAACAUCUACUGUUGCAGAUGGCAUGAGAGUUAAGGAAAUUGAGGGCGAGCCUUUGCUGGAUGCAAAUGCACUGAGGGCUUUGAUCCGCCUCUUAAGAUUGGCACAGCCCCUGGGGAAAGGACUUCUACAGAGGCUUCUGUUAAACCUUUGUGCACAUAGUUCUACAAGGGCAACUCUAGUUCGCCUUUUGGUUGACAUGAUUAAACCUGAAGCAGAUGGAUCACUCAGUGGAUUAGCAAUGCUUAACUCCCAGAGGCUUUAUGGCUGCCAGUCAAAUGUGGUUUAUGGCCGAUCACAGUUGUUGGAUGGUUUACCUCCCUUGGUGUCGUGUCGCAUUCUUGAGAUUUUGACAUAUUUGGCAACAAACCAUUCAUCAAUUGCCAAUAUGUUAUUUCACUUGGACCCCUCUCUCUUGCCGGAGGAAUCUGUUACAAAUGUUCUGCUCUCUAAGCUGGACAAAGGUAAAGGGAAACUUGAGGAUGGCGGUGCUUUGUGCAAUCCUUGUGGAGAUACAGAUGAUGUUCCGUUGGUUCUGUUCUUGAAGCUUUUAGAUCGACCUCUGUUUUUCCGCAGCACUGCACACCUUGAGCAGAAUCUAAAAGCCAUUCAAAUAAAAAAUUUGACACAGGUUAUGGGCUUACUUCAAGUGGUAGUUUACACAGCAGCAUCAAAUAUGGAAUCCCGCAAGCUAAUAAGUGGGGAAGUAAGUGGUGAUACUAAGACAGAUGCUCAGGCGGAACCAGAGUCUACUCAGGGAGAUGAAGCUGUAGUUGCUGAGUUAUCAACUUCCAACAGAAAGAAGAGCACUGAUACACUCAGUAUUCUCAUGCGGUUGCCGAGAUCUGAUUUGCGGAAUAUGAGUAGCCUUCUUGGUCACGAGGGGCUGUCAGAUAAGGUGUACAUGCUUUCUGGUGAAGUACUGAAGAAGUUGGCAUCAGUUGCUUCCCCUCUUCGCAAGUUCUUUACCUCAGAGCUUUCAGAUUUAGCACAUGGUCUGAGUAGUUCAGCUGUCAGUGAACUUGUUACGCUGAGGAAGACUCAAAUGCUAGGUCUUAGUUCUGGGUCUAUGGCUGGAGCAGCAAUAUUGCGUGUCCUCCAGGUUCUUAGUUCACUCACCUCGCCUAGUGGUCCGGCAGCUGUGAAUGUAGGCGGAGAGCAGGAGGAGCAUGCAUCGAUGUUGAACUUAAACAUUGCACUUGAGCCAUUAUGGCAUGAAUUGAGUGAAUGUAUCAGUGUGACAGAAAUGCACCUAGGUCAGGCCACAUUGAACAAGACUCUUUCUAGCAGUGCCACUUUUGGGGAUCAUGUACAGGGGAGUGUCUCCUCAUCGUCUCCUCUUCCUCCUGGAACCCAUAGACUCCUGCCUUUCAUAGAAGCAUUCUUUGUUUUGUGUGAAAAGAUUCAAGCAGCAAAUACUUCUUCCGUGCAGCAAGAUCAUCAUGCUACUGACACAACAACAGCUGGUGAAGUCAAAGAGUCGGGGGCGGGGGCGGGGGAUACACAUAAAAAGCUCGACGGUUCAGUGACAUUUGCUCGGUUUGCUGAGAAGCAUCGUCGACUUCUGAAUGCAUUUAUUAGACAGAGCCCUGCAUUGCUGGAGAAGUCACUUUCUAUGAUGCUGAAGGCACCAAGAUUAAUAGACUUUGACAACAAAAGAUCAUAUUUUCGAUCAAGGAUAAGGCAACAGCAUGAGCAACACCUGUCUGGUCCACUGCGGAUCAGUGUACGAAGGGCAUAUGUGUUGGAGGAUUCCUACAAUCAGCUGAGGAUGCGGCCUACUCAGGAUCUCAGGGGACGACUGAAUGUGCAGUUCCAAGGGGAAGAGGGCAUUGAUGCUGGUGGCCUGACUAGGGAAUGGUAUCAAAUAUUGUCAAGGGUUAUUUUUGAUAAGGGAGCAUUGCUUUUCACUACUGUGGGAAACAACGCCACUUUCCAGCCAAAUCCAAAUUCUGUCUAUCAAACUGAGCAUCUUUCCUAUUUCAGAUUCGUGGGCCGUGUGGUUGCAAAGGCAUUGUUUGAUGGCCAGCUCUUGGAUGUUUAUUUCACCCGGUCUUUCUAUAAGCACAUUCUAGGUGUAAAGGUGACUUACCAUGACAUAGAGGCUGUGGAUCCUGAUUACUACAAGAAUUUAAAGUGGAUGCUAGAGAAUGACGUGAGUGAUAUACCGGACCUGACAUUCAGCAUGGAUCCUGAUGAGGAGAAACACAUCCUUUAUGAGAAAAACGAGGUUACUGAUUACGAGCUUAAACCUGGAGGGAGGAAUAUAAGAGUUACAGAAGAGACGAAGCACGAGUAUGUGGACCUUGUUGCGGACCAUAUAUUGACAAAUGCCAUCCGGCCUCAGAUAAACUCCUUCCUAGAUGGGUUCAAUGAAUUGAUUCCUCGGGAUUUGAUUUCAAUUUUUAAUGACAAGGAGCUGGAGCUACUGAUCAGUGGACUUCCUGAAAUUGACUUGGAAGAUCUGAAGGCCAAUACAGAGUAUACUGGAUAUAGUGGUGGUUCCAGUGUUGUUCAGUGGUUCUGGGAGGUAGUUCAAGGGUUCAACAAAGAAGACAUGGCUAGACUAUUACAAUUUGUCACAGGAACAUCAAAGGUUCCACUGGAAGGUUUCAAGGCAUUGCAGGGCAUCUCUGGUCCUCAAAGGUUCCAGAUACACAAAGCAUAUGGAGCUCCUGAACGCUUGCCUUCAGCUCACACGUGCUUCAACCAACUAGAUCUUCCAGAGUAUACCUCAAAAGAACAGCUCCAAGAACGUAUGCUGCUCGCUAUUCAUGAGGCCAGUGAAGGUUUUGGCUUUGGUUAGUCAGGCCAGGGGAUGGGGUUGGCUUCAGACACAACCGAAGAUCCAAUGCACGUGAACAGUCUUCAGCAUUUUGUGAUAUGAUGAAGGGGAUGAUUCAUUUGGGUCUGGAUUAAUUAGGAGUAUAGGGAGUUAGCUAGUCAUAUAAAGGCGGUUGCCGGUGCAGCGGUGGUGGCAGCUGAGUCGAUGCUGGUGAAUGCGCUUUGAGGAAACAGGGGAUUUUUGUCUUUCAAGUUACUUUGGCCAUUGACGGUAACAAUGGGGAUGGAAAUGAAAAUGUAAAUGGUUUUUUUCGGUUUGAAAGGGGAAGAAUGUGAGGGUGUUUCCUUCCACCAAAAGCCAAAGCCAGUUUAUGUAGAUAACUAUUCGAAUCUACCUUUUUGGUUGUUUAUAUAUUAGUUAUUGUCGUUAUAUUAUGAGGUUCUGCAAUGUUGGUUCUAUUUCUCAUUGUUGGGACGAGGCAGGCACAGCUGCAGUAGUUCUGGGCAACAGAUCCCCUGCAUAGCCAAAGUUAUGCAAUUAGACAUCGCCGCCAAUAACUGCAAAGCAAGAAAAUUUACAAGGGGAAGUGGAAUCCUAAACUUGGAACAUAAUUAAUUGUUUGAG